CGGGGAAUUAGCUGAUAAUGACUUCUGUCAUAUUUGAUUUUUCAGACUUCCCAGAGAUAAUGGCCCAGAGGGCAUGGAGCCAGAUGGUAUCAUUGAGGUGAGUAAUGCUUCAGUGUUACAUCUGCUAAAUUGGAUGCAGAAGACAAGAUAUUCAAGAGCUCAAGUUACAGCUUGAUAAUGUGUGAUCUCUGCUUAAUUGAAUGCUAAAACGGUAGAUAUUCAGUAGAUAGUAAAGUUUCAAGUCACACUGGAUAAGUGUUUGCUAAAUUACUCAAAUAUAAAUGCUUAUCUUCUACUUUCUACAGAGCAACUGGAAUGAGAUCGUGGACAGUUUUGAUGAGAUGAACCUGGGCGAGAAGCUGCUCAGGGGAAUCUAUGCCUAUGGUUUUGAAAAACCCUCCGCUAUCCAGCAGAGGGCCAUCCUCCCUUGUAUCAAGGGUGAGUACUCAACCACACUCACUCUUCAGAUGGUUAGGCAUAAUGGUCAAAUUGUUUAUCUUAUAAACCGUAUGAGAUCAUUCAACAAACUCUUAGGAAAGCAUGAGCAGUGACAGUACAGCAUGAUAACUGCAGUGACUAAAAUAAACAUUGUCAGCUUGAAAAGACUACUAACGUUCACUUAAGCCAAAGGAACUAAAACUGCUGAAGUCACAACUUCUGCUUGACUUCAAUCCCCUUGUCAACUGGGCAAGGCAGUGUCUUCUAAUGGCACUGAGUCUUAUAUCUGCCAAGGGAAGAGUGAAUGAGUCCAUAUUCAUCCCAGUCAUCUCUGUUCAGUGAGGAAUAGGCUGGUUCAUGCUAUGGACACAAAUGAAACUAACGAAUGUAGUGCAUUUUGACUUUAAUUUACUGACCAACUGAAAACAAACUGGUAGUGGGUGGAUAAUAUUUAGUUUGGUAUGUAUGCUUGUUAGCUGACGUUCUAGUAAAAAAGCAUGCGUUCAAGCACACCCAAAAUAGUUGCGGUGCUUACUAACAAUAUAGUAAAUGUAAUGGGGGGGUAAAGAUGUGCCACUAUUAUUAAUUUUUAAUAAAGAGCUGACAUUGGCUUUAUCUCCCAUCCUACCUGCCCGCAGGUUAUGAUGUGAUUGCACAGGCUCAGUCUGGUACUGGGAAGACUGCCACCUUUGCCAUUUCCAUCCUGCAGCAGAUCGACAUGGAGCUGAAGGGCACCCAGGCCCUGGUUCUGGCCCCCACCAGAGAGCUGGCUCAGCAGGUACGUACGGGCGGGUACUUCAGUUACUUGACAGAAAUGUAACUAGAAUACACCAUAAGUCAUGUCACACCGUUCUAAACUUGUAGCCUCUUGUGUAUGUUAACCUCAUGUCCCCUGUCAACUGGGCAAGGCGGUGUUCUCUAAUGGCACUGAAUCUUAUAUCUGGCAGGGGAAGAGUGAAUGAGUCCAUAUUCAUCCCAGUCAACUCUGCUCAGUGAGGAAUAGGCUGGUUCAUGCUAUGGGCACAGAUCUAUAAAACUUGUUGUUUACGACAGUUUGUAUGACAGGAAAUAGUGGCCAAACCUGAGGUUUACAAGUCAACCGGGCCAACGAUUUUUCCUGUAAUGGGCUACACAUGCUUCACAAUACUGAUGCCAGAUGAAUCUGGAAUAAAAUAUUGUCACUAAAACUGACUUUCCUUCAAACCAAAACCACCUCAGUUAUUCUAGUCGCACCUCUGACACAAACCUCUCCGAUCAGGUGUCAAAACAAUACCCCUUUACCUAAUACACAUUUCUCUCCUUCCCUGUCAAUAGAUCCAGAAGGUGAUCCUGGCCCUAGGUGACUACAUGGGAGCCUCCUGCCAUGCCUGUAUAGGAGGGACAAACGUCCGUAACGAGGUCACCAAGCUCCAGGCUGAGGCCCCUCACAUAGUGGUGGGGACCCCUGGCCGCGUGUUCGACAUGUUGAACCGCAAAUACCUGGGUAAGCGCCUCUCUAGUGGUUGACCAAUUGUUUAAUUGACGAUCGAUGGUUGAAGUUGCGCUUGGAGUGAGGCCUUUCAAUAUUUAAUUUAGCGUAUGCGAGCUUGUACAUUUUGAGUUGGUGUUUAUAUUGAGUGACAGGGUAGGGUUAUAGAGCUGUAUAAUGAUUAAAUCCAUGCGUGUCAACUGACUCUGGAACCCCCUGAGUGUUCUAGUUCUGCCAGUCAGCGUUCUGUUGGCUGGUGUGUUCUAAACCUCAGGGCUCUGGAACUCAUGAUCAGAUUCCACACUGGCUGAAUACAGCAUUCAAUGACUCAGCACUUGUUUUUGUCAAAUAGCAGGAAAAGUGUUGAAGGUUCAUGGGGCGUUCCCCACCCCUUUCAUCCCUCUUAACAUGACUAGUGGUGAUAUUACCAGUACAGAAGUAAUUAAUAUUUGUAGAUGUGUGUUUUAAUUGGUUCUAAUUGUAUCCCUACACCUUCCCUCCAUCCAGCCUCUAAGAACAUCAAGAUGUUUGUGCUGGAUGAGGCAGAUGAGAUGUUGAGUCGAGGUUUCAAGGACCAGAUCUACGAGAUCUUCCAGAAGCUCCCCACCAGCACACAGGUACGUCAAUCUGAGUAGUACCAACUUUAGCUAGACAUAUUUGACAGGUGUAUCUGAUGGGGUUGACGUUCACUAGAAACAUUGUCAUGGUUCAUUGCUAAAGGGAAGUAUGGACUUGAUGCAGUGGUGCUACACUGAAAAUGUUCACACACUCCCUAUACUAUGGGGCCAGAGAUAACUCUCCUCCCAGCUUGUGUGCUGUGUCAGGAAUGAAGGUCUUUGGUAGAGAAUCUAGAAUCUGCUCUCCACAGUGACUGGGCUCUCAGUCCCUCUUCACGACUUAAUAGCAGUUUACAAUUUAUACAACCAGUUAUCACAGUCACUCGUUUUGAGUUAAGCAUUGCCUCUUCCCUGAGGUUAAACUGUAGACUGUUCAGGGGAAUGUUGAUUGACUUCAACAUGCCUAACAACCUGCACCCUAUUCCCUCUGUAGUGUACUCAUUUUAGUUACUAUAUAGGGAAUUGGGUGCCACCAAGUAUUAGCUAGUAUGGACAUAAGAGAUUUAAUAUCUAUAUCAUUAAUUACAACUAUUGCCUUUAACCCCGCCAGGUGGUGCUGCUGUCUGCCACCAUGCCCCAGGAUGUCCUGGAGGUCACCAAGAAGUUCAUGCGUGAGCCCAUCCGCAUCCUGGUCAAGAAGGAGGAGCUCACCCUGGAGGGUAUCCGCCAGUUCUACAUCAAUGUUGAGAAAGAGGUGAGGUUGCCCUUAGGCACAGAUCUAGGAUCAGUUAAAGGUGGGGUUGGGGAGUUGUAUGUAGAAGUAGCCCUUAGGAGAGUUUAGAAUAGGCUUAACUUUGAUUGUACCUACAGUCAGUAUUGGUUCUCAUUUUUAAAGAUGGGUUUUUACAGGGCAAACUCAUCUUUUCAGACAGCUGUCAUGUGUACACUUGGUUCAACUUAAUUGAAAGAAACUCUGUACCCUUUACUGAGCCAAGGGUACAAAAGCCCCACUAAGUAGAAACAUGACAUCUUAGCUCAUCACAGAACCAUUGGAAUGGUGUAAACCCCCCGCUGUAAACAUUUAAACUAUUUUUUUUUUUGUUGCCAGUAUGAGCAUGGCUGUCUUAUGAAACUUGUGCGUGUCAACUGAUCCCAGAAUCCCCUGGGGCUCCCGGUGGCCUGGGUUGGUGUUCUGUCAGCUGGUUGUUCCUGGGCCUCAGGGCUCUGGGGGCAUAAUCUGACUGUCACCCUGAAAACACACCCCUCUAUUAGACAAAUACCCUACAGUGGUUAUUGGCUCUUGGGCAUUAGUUUUGACUACGUAUAACUUCUCAUGAGACUUGUAAUAUAUUAUAGGAUAAGUUGUUGACCUGCAGGACUAAGGUAGAGGAAAGUUGAGAACUUUGGGAAGAGGGUGUCAUUCACUCACGAUGACCCAGCACAAGUCUACCUAACACUAUAUUGUGCAAGAAUAAGUGUUUGCAGAACUGGUGCAUCGAUGCUAUAUUCCAUUGCUUUGUCAUCCCCUGACCUGUUCCUUAAUGUCUCACCUGUUAGGAGUGGAAGCUGGACACCCUGUGUGAUCUUUAUGAGACACUGACCAUUACCCAGGCUGUGAUCUUCAUCAACACCAGGAGGAAGGUGGACUGGCUCACUGAGAAGAUGCACGCCAGGGACUUCACAGUCUCUGCUCUGGUGAGAGAUGAUAACCCUGAAUUUAAAGUUACAUUCUCAAGCUAUGUCUGUAGCCUAAAACUGCUCUGGGUAAGAGGCUAACAAGGCUAUAAAAAAAGAAGUUAGGAAUCAUUGCUUGUAUAAAUGCUUCUGUUGAAGUAAACUGAACUCGGGGCUUCAGCCAUGGCCUGAGAAUUUAACUAGUCUGUCGCUGUUCUUACUAGACUUGGUGGCGAGUCGAGGUUGACUGAAGCUAUAUCUGCGAAUUUUUUUUAUUUUUUUUUGUAAGACUCCCUAGGGCUUUGAUUGCCAUGUUCGGGGUCACAAUUCUAAGAAUACUGACCUUACAACUCUGCUCUGAUUUCAUUAGCACAGCUAUGUCAAUGUGGGUCUGUCCCAUUAGAAAUGGAAUAACUCAUUUAUUUCUAUGCUCUGCCCUCAUCUCCCCUGUCAACUGGGCAAGGCGGUGUCCUCUAAUGGCACUGAGUCUUAUAUCUGUCAGGGGAAGAGUGAAUGAGUCCAUAUUCAUCCCAGUCAUCUCUGUUCAGUGAGGAAUAGGCUGGUUCAUGCUAUGGGCACAGAUGUAUACAGCUUAGUAUUUGCACAUUGUGUAUUAUUUUGAUGCAAAACCUCAAGUCUAACUCCUGUAGUUAGACCUCUAUCUACCUCAUAAGUCUUUUCUUCCAGCAAUCAAAUGGUUAUGGCUUACUAUUCACCCUAAUAACUUGUUUGUCUAUAAAUUCCAUUUUACUUUUAGAUUUGUUUGUUAAAUAUGACUGCACUGUUGUAGCAAGGAACCCUAGCAAGAACAUUGCUAAACAUGUGUAUGCGACCAAUAAGAUUUGUAUCUGUAGCUCAUGUCUAUUCUCUUCCAGCAUGGAGACAUGGACCAGAAGGAGAGAGACCUGAUCAUGAGGGAGUUCCGUUCAGGCUCCAGUAGAGUUCUUAUCACCACUGACCUGCUGGUAAGUCACGUCCUGUCAUGCUCUAAUGGUUCCCCACCCCACUUCCUGUUAAUUCAGGGCCAGAGAUAACUCUCCUUCCAGCUUGUGUGCUGUGUCAGGAAUGAAGGUCUUUGGUAGAGAAUCUAGAAUCUGCUCUCCACAGUGACUGGGCUCUCAGUCCCAACUCACGACUUAUUAGCAGUUUACAACCUUUCGCUGAUGUAAUUUUUUAUUUUCUUGCUGUUGACUGAAGCAAAGUAACUAAAGUAUUGCACAAUAUGGUGUUAAUAGGUGUAUUGCACAAUACAUUGUUCCACUGUUACCACACCCUCUAGUCUAGAUGGCAUCAUGGUAUUGCUCAGGAGUUAAACUAGUUGGCAUGAUCCUCAAUUUCCAUGGAAAAGUCUGGCUUCCUCCAAUGUCUAAAGUACAGUCCUCUUUUACGGUGCCUGGUUUUCAACCUUUAUACAUUUGUACUGUAUGACAUGACUGUUCUCUCAUUGGCCUCCUGGCCCUAGUUUUACUAUGACUGUCCUCUGUGUCCCAAAUGGCAUCUUAUGCAAUCAGUCUUUGUCUUUAACUGUCUGGUUGCCUUAACCUUAAUUUGACUGACUGUCCCCUGUCUCUCUCCUUGUCUCCCAGGCCAGAGGUAUUGAUGUCCAGCAGGUGUCCCUGGUGAUCAACUAUGACCUGCCCACCAACAGGGAGAACUACAUCCACAGGUGAGACUUAUACUACAGCUCUCAGCAUGCAGCAUUAGAAUUGGGAACGUUAUUGUCCACAAUGUGGAAUUUUUUGACUUCACGGGUGGUUGACAUAAAAGCAAACGACAUUGAUACCAGGUCACCCGUGUGUUUGACAUGCUCAACUAUAGCUGUGUAAUGAUGAAAUCCAUGCGUGUCAACUGACUCUGGAACCCCCUGAGUGUUGUAGUUCUGCCAGUCAGCGUUCUGUUGGCUGGUGUGUUCUAAACCUCAGGGCUCUGGAACUCAUGAUCAGAUUCCACACUGGCUGAAUACAGCGUCAUGUAGUUUGAUACUAGUUGGUUGAAAUUGCAAAUCCUUUCAGUGUUCAGUGAGGUUCAUUCAGUGGGUACAAAAUAUUUUAAGUACUAAAUCGGGGGGGGACAAAUGGGUAAAUGUUUGAUCAAUCGUUACGUAAUGGUAUGAAUGUAUAGCUCUUUUCCAGUAGCUCAAUGCACUUAACAUGUAAUGAAGGGGCAUAUCUACCUGCAACAGUCACAAUUCAACUACAUGUCACCCUAAAGAGAUGGAACUAAAUAUCCAACCUAACUUCUGCUUCUCUCCUCUGUCAGGAUUGGUCGAGGGGGUCGUUUCGGUCGUAAGGGCGUUGCCAUCAACAUGGUGACUGAGGAGGACAAGCGUACGCUGCGGGACAUCGAGACGUUCUACAACACCACCGUCGAGGAGAUGCCCAUGAACGUGGCUGACCUCAUCUAG